AAAUGAUAAACAAAUGUGCGCAAAAUGAAAGUUACAAUCAAGUCGUGGACGGGAGUUGCAUCUUGGAAAUGGAUAGCGAAUGAUGAGAACUGUGGCAUUUGUCGAAUGUCCUUUGAGAGUACAUGUCCCGAGUGUGCGCUGCCCGGUGACGAUUGCCCACUUGUGUGGGGUGUCUGCUCUCACUGCUUUCACAUGCAUUGCAUAGUCAAGUGGUUGAAUCUCCAACCGAUGAACAAACAGUGUCCAAUGUGCCGCCAAAGUUGGAAAUUCAAUAUACAUUAAAGACAGCACAAAACAAAGCGAUAAAUAAAAAGUAAUUAUAAAACUAAAUAAAACAAAAUAAAGCGGAAAUAAUA